CAACGAACGCCGUCCUGCCUCUACUUGACCUCUUCCACAACCUGAGGCACUGCAUAUCCACAACAUUGCUGCAUUGUGCGGAAGAAUUCUACGCUUGUUUCAUCUCUUAUGGCGACCGUCGACGUGCCUUCGCGCCAGGCUAGCGCUGCACGCGAGGUCAUUGAUGUCGAUUCGUUUGACGAAGACGAGGUCACAAUCUUGGAUGGCCCACUCCCGUACCGGCACAGUACAGGCUCAGUUCCUCAUAUCACUGGCGCCAGAGGGCCCUCAGGGUCGAGCUCCGCAUCAGCCAUCUUCGUGGAGAGUGAUGAUGAAGUAGAGGUUACACGGGUAGAGAAUGCGCACGGUAUGGAUAUUCAUCUCGCUUGUUUUAUCCUGUUGCAACAACUAUGGUCAGUAGCACGCCGCCGAUUCUUGUCUCCUCCACCGAGGCCUAUCCAACCUCUAUACAUCCCGCCUGUUCCUCCUAUUCCACGCAACCUCGCCGGCCACAGCUCAUUCCCCGCUCGCCUUGGAAGACGAGAGGGUGCGCCGCCUCCCGCUAUCCGUCCAAUUGCGCGCCCCUUUCCUUUUGAGGCCCGUCUGGGCCAGCCGCUUGCGCGCGGCCACACCCCACCUGUUGAUGUGCCACAUCCUGCCCCAGUGGCUCGGUCUCAUCACCAACCGGUUAUGGGAUUGGGUGGUGCCUUGAUCGCUUUCAACAGGCAAAAUUUCAUAGCGGAAGUGAACAGACAGCGCGAGGAGGCCGUGCAACUUGAAGAGAUGCGGUUCCCAGAGCGAGGUUGGCGCCGACUCCUUCCGGACAUUGUCAAUAACUGGUGGGACGGUCCAGAACCAGCGCCACAACGCCGUCUUCCAGGACAAGCCGAGAUCUAUCCCGGUGGUCUAAUGCUCAAUGAACCCAUUAACGAUCUCGAAGACCUCGAAUUUAUCCGAGAUAUACUAGACGACGACCGAUUUGGAGUCCCUCGUGGUCCUCUUGCAGUGGUCGAACGGCCAAGAGAGCAACAUUACAAGCCAAGCUACACCCAUCCAGACAAACCUGUGCCUGGGUUUACAUUCGACUUCGCCCCGUCGGAAGUGCCGUCUACUUCUGCGACAUCGUCCUCCAUUAUCGUUCUGAAUGACGAUGGCGAGAUCACCGAAGGUCCGAGCAGGACGUCGGCAAACUCGAGCGUGGUCGAGGCGUCUGCCAGUCUGGUCUGCGCACGUUGCAAUGACCCCCUCUCUCUGACAGCCGAGAGUGCAGCCCCGGAAGAGGAGAUUGCGAGGAGGAGGAUCUGGGGGCUUCGGUCUCAUGAGCCCACUGCGCCUCCUCCUCCUCUCUCCUCCUCCUCCCCAGCAGAUGUCCAGGAGGCGAUGGAUGAUCCCAAGGGCAAGGGUAAGGCGCGGGACGUCUCUCAUGCCGAUAUCGCCAUGGACACCGGCGAGCCGGACCUGCCAGUAUCUAGUACAGGCAAGAGACGAGGGGCAGGGAAAGAGGCGACCACGUCCAGGAAGGGCAAGCGGAAGGCGGCAGAGAUGCUCCACCCAGAAUCGGAUCCGCCCCUAGCAGACGCACCGGGGCCGGUUAGCGCAGAUGUUCCACCCGAAGACAACUCAAUACGUUCUCGCUUCGCACGCCGUGGCACACGAACCUAUUGCGGAAGUGUCCCUUCGCCGCUAUCUCCUGCACGUCUCGUCGGUGCCUCGCCCCGGCGGCGAGGUCGUGGAUCUUCAUCCACAACGCGCGUUCGCGGGAAGGGGAAGGGGAAGGCCAAACCAACUAUUGAAGCUGUACACCAGUGGACCUGCCCCGUGGCCGGUUGCGGUCACGUACACGCCAGCAUUCGUGUAGAUGGAGAGUGGAAGAUGAAUCCGCAGGAAGGAUCGAUCAGUUUGUUCAUCUAGUUUGUAGGAUGUAUCAUGGACGACAGUGGUUGGGAUCAGUUUGACACUCGACGCAUCAUUUUGACACAAUGAAUAUUGUCUUGCUCUCACCCGAAGGGGUACCGUGGUACGUCCGUCUGGAUUUUACUUGAAGCCCUCUGGACCGCCG